UCAUAUCAUGUGCAGUUUAAUCCGUUAUACCCAAAAAUGCCAUUUCUUCCUUCUUCUUCUUCUUCUUCGAAUUGUAACUUCACCGUCUUCUAUACGUCCCAAAGCCCACACAGACUAUCCAAACUCUCCUUCAAAAUCCCCAUUUUACCUCUCCAUCACUUCUCCUCCUCGCCGUCUUAUCUCUCCGUAACGUCAUGCUCUUCCCAAGAUUCGCCCCCACCGGUUCUGGAGAAAGACUCGUCUGUACCUACCAAAGAGAUCAGUACCGAAGACGUCGUCUCCAAGAAGGAUUCUUAUCCGCAGAAAGUGCUCGUCGUUCGCCGUCCCGUGAUGGAGUCUUCUGGUGACGGCGAGAGUGAAGAAAGUGAAGAAGACGCGGAUUUGAGGUCUUCGGCCAUCGAUGCUGGCCUCAAGGAGUUCGCGAAGAAGAUGCCGUUGUUCGAGCCGGAGAGAGUGGAGGCAUCGGGAUUGCAGCUGGAGAAGCCGCUUGCCGUGAACUUGGACUUGGCGCUGUAUAAAGCGAAAGGUUUAGCAAGGAGGUUUCGGUAUGAAGAAGCCCAGGAAAUACUUGAGAAGUGCAUAUAUUAUUGGCCGGAAGAUGGGCGGGCUUCAGUGGCGUUGGGGAAGAUAUUGAGUAAGCAAUCGAAAAUGGCGGAAGCUAGAGUUGUGUAUGAGAAAGGUUGCCAGGCUACUCAAGGAGAAAAUCCCUACUUGUGGCAGUGUUGGGCUGUUUUGGAAAACAAGAUGGGAAAUAUAAGAAGAGCAAGAGAAUUAUUUGAUGCAGCAACUGUUGCCAAUAAAAGGCACAUAGCUGCCUGGCAUGGUUGGGCAGUUUUAGAGAUAAAACAGGGAAAUAUAAAGAAAGCGAGACAACUGCUGGCCAAAGCUUUAAAAUUUUGUGGUGGAAAUGAAUAUGUAUAUCAAACGCUUGCAAUGCUGGAAGCUAAAGCAAAUCGCAAUGAGCAGGCUCGGUAUUUGUUCAGGCAGGCCACUAAGUGUAACCCCAAAAGCUGUGCCAGUUGGCUUGCAUGGGCACAAUUGGAGAUCCAACAAGAAAACAACACCGUUGCUAGGCUGCUAUUUGAGAAAGCAGUCCAGGCAAGUCCCAAGAAUAGGUUUGCAUGGCAUGUGUGGGGAGUUUUUGAAGCAAAUAUGGGCAAUAUGGAGAAGGGGAGAAAACUACUAAAAAUAGGCCAUGUACUUAAUCCUAGGGAUCCCGUUCUCCUUCAGUCUCUUGCUUUAUUGGAAUAUAAAUACUCAUCUACGAACCUUGCUCGGGUGCUGUUCAGGAGAGCAUCUGAAUUGGAUCCAAGGCACCAACCAGUAUGGGUUGCAUGGGGAUGGAUGGAAUGGAAAGAAGGAAACAUCGCAAAGGCAAGGGAAUUGUACCAAAUAGCCCUGUCAAUUAACUCUACUAGUGAAAGUGCUGCUCGAUGUCUUCAGGCUUGGGGUGUUCUUGAACAGAGGCUUGGUAAUUUAUCAGCAGCCAGGAGAUUAUUUAGGUCCUCGUUGAAUAUAAAUUCACAAAGUUAUGUAACCUGGAUGACAUGGGCAUCAUUGGAGGAGGAUCAGGGCAAUUCUGUACGUGCUGAGGAAAUACGAAACCUCUAUUUUCAGCAGCGUACAGAAGUUGUGGAUGAUGCUUCAUGGGUUAUGGGAUUCUUAGAUAUCAUUGAUCCAGCAAUUGAUAGCAUAAAGAGGCUCUUGAAGUUUAGCCGGGAAUCAUUAAACAAGGGAAAGGAAUCUCUGGAAAAUAUAACAGAAAAUAAUGGAAAUAGCAUUGAUGAGGACUCUGUUGGCCUCUCCUCUGGCUUGUCCGGAGGCAAAGACACAGAAAGUAGUGGGACUGGAAUUGAUUUGGAUGCUUUCAUCAGUGAAAAGUUAUCUCUAGACCCAUCGAAGCUGGAUGUUCAGCUGGAAUCAUACAAGGUUUCUGUUACCAGCAGAACUAGACCUAGAAGAAUAUGAAGAUCAAAAAAGAGAACUGCCAAAGUACCUCCCACGGUAAGUGUUUAAUAGAUUCAAGUUGGCGAGGUAAAUUCGCUCCAUUGUUCAUCCAGUUUAGUUCAUGUAGAAGUAGAACAAGCAUUAAUGCAUGCUAAAGAGGAAAGCUACUUCCGAGAAAGUUGCACCAAAUCCUUACACUACAAGCAUUUAUGUAUAUGCUAAACAGAAAAGCUACUACCGAGAAUGUCGCACCAAAUCCUUACACUACAACCGAAAUGAAUGCUAGAGUAUGUUCACUGUUUACUGUGCAUAUAUUGUAUUAGAGUAAACACCCUACUGAAAUAUCGUAAUCUAACUUUUACUGUUCAUUGCUUCA